AUGUCGGAUGGCAAGAAGCUCAGGAAAUGGUCCAAUGGUACAUACAGGUCUCGCUGCCUAUUCUUCCCACUGGCGCUGCUGGCAGUGGUUUUGUUUUUUUACAACAUAACCGUCGAGAACAGUGACGGUAGAGCUAGACUGUGGAAGCAAUAUGAUGCAAAAAAAUGGUGGCAUGGUCAGGAAAGUUCAAGUCAGGGCAAAGAAAUUGACCGGACGACGACUGCAUCUGCUAUCGUUUGGGAAACGCAGUCAAGCCCAUACUUUGUAGCCUAUCCAUCCGAGUAUCGCUUCAUUAUAAAUGAGCCCCAAAAAUGCGAAGAGGAGAAACCUUUUGUGGUGCUGAUGGUUCCCGUGGCGCCCUCCAGUAGACGUCGUCGUGACGUUAUCCGCAGAACAUGGGGAGGGCAAAGAGAAGUGUUGGGGAAGCGCGUCACUGUGUUCUUUCUCCUGGGUCUGCAUACUGGGGAACCUGUCGAGCAGCUUGAAGAGAAGUUGCAGCAAGAGAGCAAAGAGCAUCAAGACCUGAUCCAGAGCAAUUUUAUGGACUGCUAUAAUAACCUUACUAUCAAAAGCAUGGUGAUGCUCGAAUGGCUGGACUCCUAUUGUUCUGGCAUCCCUUAUGCCAUGAAGGUUGAUUCUGACAUAUACCUCAAUUUGCAAAAUCUCAUUACCAUGUUGUUAAAUGCCCCCGAAACAAACUACAUGACUGGACAUGUGGCCAAAGGAGCAGAGGUUUUUAGAGAUCCCAACUCCAAGUGGUAUCUCCCAGCAAAUAUUUACCCCAAACCAUUCUACCCAAGUUAUGUUCUGGGACUGGGUUAUGUUCUGUCUUUGGACCUGCCAAAAAAGCUUCUGGAAGCUUCCAGACAUGUCAAAGCUAUAUACAUUGAAGAUGUGUACUUGGGCUUGUGCAUUGAGUACCUGGGCAUCACUCCCAUGGAUCCUCCGGAUUGGAAUUACUUCCACUUCGUGCCUGUGCCCUACGAUCGUUGUGCUUAUUCCGAACUUGUUGCCACCACCUUGGAUGAAGAUACCAAUCUCGAGUGGGUUUGGAAAGACUUGCAACGAGAAGGAAAGGUCUGCUGA